AUGGAGAACAACGAUGUGGCUAGGGAACGAGCCAUCCAACUGGGGGACGAACUCUCAGCCAGCACGUACAGUCGAGACCCUCAAGACUUGUACGCCUGUGACAAGUCCUACGCACGCAGAAUACCCCGUUACGGGUCCACGAACCCCUGUUCAAGGGCGUCCGAGUGCCAACAUAUCCACAAUUUUUCCGACAUCCCACAAUUCCAGGAUCUGUGA